AUGGAAUAUGCAUUAGUAUACAAGCCACUCAACAAACAAACAACAACAACAAUAACUAUAACAGCUGCAUUAGAUAAAAAUAACAAUGACGAAAGUUCGAGAACACGACGACAAAAAUAUUAA